UUUUGGCGGUUCAGUGGAAACAUGGCGGAAAUUUUAAAAGACUGCAGUCUUCCUUGUAAGCUGCCUUUGGAUGAGCUGGAAGCAUUGUGUCGCACAGAGAAGCUAUAUUGCCAUGAGCUCGGAGUGAACAGAGCCAAUGUUAAUGAGUACGAGGUGGAGUACCUCUGUGACUACAAGAGAACCCAGGUUGAAGAGUUCUACUUUGUAAAGUGGAAAGGCUUCUCUGACUCUGUUAAUUCUUGGGAACCCAAGAGGAACCUCAAAUGUCCAAAACUGAUGAAAGCAUUCCACCAAGACCUGGAUUCUAUCUUAAAACUCCAGAAGAGACGAGCCCUCCCCAAACGAUUGGAAAAGAAUAUGUCUUUGUUCCUGGUUCAGAAAGCCAAACUACGUCAAAGUUUGCAGCAAUGGGAGGCCGACUUGAACCAAACUAGUAUUCACUCGGGUCGUAUUUUUGUUUCAAAUGAAGUGGACUUUGAAGGUCCUCCGAAAAACUUCACCUACAUUAACAACUACAAAGUUGGACCAGGUAUUGUACUGGAUGAGAUGGCUGUGGGUUGUGAAUGUAAAAACUGUAUGGAGGAGCCUGUGAACGGCUGCUGCCCAGGAGCUUCCUAUCACCGUAUGGCCUACAACAACAAGGGCCAGGUCAAAAUCCAGCCGGGAAAGCCCAUAUAUGAGUGUAACUCCCGGUGCAGCUGUGGGCCCGACUGUCCCAACAGAGUGGUUCAGAGAGGAAUCCAGUUUGACUUGUGCAUCUUUAAGACAGAGAACGGCAGAGGGUGGGGGGUCCGCACUCUGCAGCACAUCAAGAAGAACACGUUCGUCAUGGAGUACGUCGGAGAGAUCAUCACCAACGAUGAAGCAGAGAAGAGGGGUCACCUCUAUGACUGCCAAGGCUCGACGUACCUGUUUGACCUGGACUACGUGGACGAUGUGUACACAGUGGAUGCUGCUCAUCUAGGAAACAUUUCCCAUUUUGUCAACCACAGUUGUAACCCCAACCUGCAGGUAUUCAACGUGUUCAUUGAUAACAUAGACGAGAGACUUCCCAGAAUUGCUUUAUUUUCUACACGAGCCAUCCGUGCAGGAGAGGAGCUCACCUUUGACUACAAGAUACAAAUUGAUCCAGUGGACACAGAAAGCACCAAAAUGGACUCCAGUUUCAGUCUAGCUGAACUUUCUCCGUCUCCUAAAAAGAGGCUUCGAGUGGAGUGUCGGUGCGGAUCAGAAUCCUGUCGAAAAUAUCUCUUCUGACCCAAAACAGCUGGAACGUUGAUGACAUCUGGACAUUUGUAUAGUUUCAUGUUGUUAGUAACUGCUACCCCAAUCUUUUACAUUUAAACUUUACGUACUUUGCAUUUUUUUAAUUAUCAUUAUUAGCAUUGUUGAUGUCACUGAGAAGAAUAAAUGAAUAAAUCUGAUGCUUUUAUGUCAAAUUGUGAAAAGUUUACAAAACAAUAC